AAGUUCUCUUGCCAAUACAAGAAGAGAUUCCGUUGCAGCAAAGAGCCGCAGCAGCUUCGCUAUUAGGGAAGCUUGUUGGCCAGACUAUGCAUGGGCCUAGAGUGGCGAUAAGUCUGGCAAGAUUUCUGCCUGAUUUCCUUGUCUCGGUAAUCAGGGAUGGUCCUGGUGAAGCAGUUGUGAUUGCUCUUGAACAAACAACAAAACUCCUGAACUAGUCUGGACUCCAGCAAUGGCUGCAUCGUUGUCUGCACAAAUAGCAACUAUGGCUUCGGAUCUGUACCGUGAACAGGUGAAAGGACGUGUUGUUGAUUGGGAUGUACCUGAGCAGGCCUCUGGCCAACAGGAGAUGAGAAAUGAACCUCAGGUUGGAGGGAUCUAUGUUAGGUUAUUCCUGAAAGAUCCCAAAUUUCCACUUAGAAAUCCCAAGAGAUUUCUUGAAGGGCUGCUGGAUCAGUACCUUACAUCCGUUGCCGCCUCACAAUAUGAUGGCCAAGCUGUUGACACUGAACUUCCUCUACUUCUUUCUGCUGCCCCGGUCUCUUUACUCAGGAUGUACCCCGCUCUUGCAGAUCAUGUUGGAUAUCUU